GGGCUGCCCAUUUUUAUUAAAGCAAGGCAAGCACAUCCUCUAAGACAGAGCGAGAGAGGGGCGAUAAUGGCGGUCUCGGUCUCUCUUAUGGCCAUCAUCAUUUCUCUACACCUCAUCGCCUUCGUCCUCGCCGUUGGCUCUGAACGACGUCGUAGCACUGCCAAGGUGGUGCCUGAUGAGUACGACGAGCGUACAUACUGCGUAUACAGUACAGAUGCGUCGACCGUGUACGGAUUGACGGCGUUUGGGCUUCUGCUGAUCAGUCAAACGGUUCUCAAUGGCGUCACCAAGUGCCUCUGCUUCGGACGAGGUCUUAUUGGAGGCGGCUCCACCACCUAUGCCGUCUUCUUCUUCAUCUUUUCCUGGGUGAGCUUUUUGGGAGCAGAGGCGUGCCUGUUGGCGGGGUCGGCCAAAAACGCAUACCACACCAAAUAUCGAGGAGUGUUCGGCGGGCAGGACUUAUCUUGUGCCACUCUCCGCAAAGGGGUCUUCGCCGCUGGGGCCGCUCUCUCGCUUUUAUCAUUGCUGGGCUCCAUACUUUACUACUGGGCCCACUCCAGGGCUGAUACUGGAGGCUGGGAAAAGCAUAGGAGCGAAGGCCUUGGCAUGACACAGCAGCAACAAAACAACGAAUUUGGGAAGCUGUAAUUUUGUUUUAAGAUUAGGAUAACACCACAGUUUUGGUGACAUCAAAUACCAUAUGGUCCUUGUUAAGCUAUGCUGCUGGAUGGAUACCUUUAUGUUGAGAAGCUGUAAUUUUGUUUUAUGAUAAAGGGGAAUCCCGCAGUUUCAGUGACAUCAAAUAUGAUAUGGGUCUUGUUAAGCUAUGCAGCUAGAUGAAUACCUUUAUAUCACAUUAUAUGUUGAAAUAUAUGGAAAAUACUAUGUAGUAGUAUUGUGUGAUUUGUGAGUUGCAAUCAAACCUUGCUGGGUUUUUCUUUUUGUCCUUUAGGUAUGGUGUUGGGCUGUGGUUUUGAGGUCCGUCUUAUUAUGGCUGGGCGGACGACCCCGUCCGAGGGUGAUUUGGCACCUUUGUCUUUGCUUGGUCACUGGUCAGGGCCAUUCAUGUGGAUCGUUAGUCUGUUUUCUAUUUAAGAAAAGUAGUGUUACAUGGUUGGUGGCAGUAGUGGAUGGUAUAAAAUUUUGUUCUGUAAUGCAUUAUUGAUUUUUA